CUGAAAAACAUCAAUCUUUUAAACUGCGAUCUCCUACUCACUUGAAGCAUUAACUUAUUUACAUAAUAUUCGCGUACCGCGUCAUGUUGUAGGAACGUGUGACCAUUCUAGGAUUGAAUUACACAUAUUUACGGAUGCGAGCGAGGCUGCAUACGGUGCGUGCGCUUAUGUUCGGACGUGCAAUAGUAAUGAUGACGUCAUCACGGUGAGAUUAUUAUGUUCGAAGAGCCGCGUCGCGCCAGUGAAACCGGUUAGCAUUCCACGGCUCGAGUUAUGCGGUGCACUAUUGGGAGCUAGAUUGUAUGAUAAAAUAAUUAAAUCACUUCGAUUGAACUUUGACAAAGUUGUUUUUUGGACAGAUUCUACUAUAGUUCUCAGAUGGUUGCAAAUGUCACCACAUCAGUUAAAGACUUUUGUUCAGAAUCGCGUUGUUGAGAUAAAUGAGUUGACAAGCAACACAAUUUGGCUGCAUGUAAACUCAUCAAAUAAUCCAGCUGACCUGGUUUCCCGUGGAGUACUUUUAAAUGAAUUAAGUUCAUCAACUUUAUGGUGGAACGGACCCACCUUUUUAUUUGAAGAUAGCAUAAAAUGGUCACAAAAUCAAAAUAAUAUUUUACAGAACUUAAAUGAUUUACCUGAGUUAAAACUUCCCACUACAAACUUGUUGUGUAGUAGUGAUUCUAAUUUACCUAUCAUUGAUUUCAGCCGAUUUUCUAAACUAAAUCGAUUACAAAGAACUUGUGCUUAUGUAAUGCGUUUUAUACAUAACAUACGAACAAAAUCUAUUGAUGAGCGGUUACACGGGCCGUUAUCAGUAGAAGAACUUGAUAAAUCCUUAUUGUUUAUAGUUAGACAGGCACAAAUAGAAUCGUUUCCUGAAGAAUACAAUGCGCUUUAUAAUAAUCUUUCUAUAAAUAAAUCAAAACGUAAUAUUUCCAGUUUAAAUAUAUUUUUUGAUGCUGACAAAAUCAUAAGAGUCGGGGGCAGAUUAGUUAAUUCUGAAUUUUCAUAUGACAAAAAGCACCCCAUUUUAUUGUGUAGUAAACAUAUCUUUACCUAUUUAUUAUUUCAAAGUCAACAUUUAAAAUUAUUGCACGCUGGGCCUCAAUUAAUUUUAUCUCAUAUCAGAGACAAUUGGUGGCCACUAGGCGGUAGAAACUUAGCAAAAAAAGUCGUUAACCAGUGUGUCAUAUGUUGUCGUUUGAAAGGUAAAAUAGUACAACCAAUCAUGGGUAACUUACCAACUGAACGAGUAACUGCAAAUUUUCCUUUCAUAAACUGUGGAGUAGACUAUGCUGGACCUUUAUUUAUUUUAAAUAAGAAAGGUAGGGGUUCCAGACUAGAAAAAUGUUAUUUAUGUCUGUUUAUAUGUUUUUCAACUCGAGCGAUACACUUGGAACUAGUAACUAGUUUGUCUUCACAGAGUUAUAUUUUAGCACUGAAACGAUUUAUUUCCCGGAGAGGAAAACCUUAUCAAAUAUUUUCCGAUAAUGGACGUAACUUUGUAGGAACAGCUCGUGAANUUUCAGAUUUUUUAAAGAGUAAUUCUCAGUCUAUCAUUGAUUACGCUUCAGAUAAUCACAUUAAAUUUAAAUUCAUUCCUCCUUACGCGCCUCAUUUUGCCGGUUUAUGGGAAGCUGGGAUCAAGUCCUGUAAGCACCAUAUAACACGUGUGGUAGGAAAUGAGGAGUGUCUAUUCAAAAGGGGAUAUUUACAUUUUUAUUAUUUAUUAAACUGA